UGACGGUUCUGCAUUUCUUCUUACAUUUAUUCUUUCAAUUUUUAUUACCUAUAUAGUUGCUCGUUAUUUUCCUGACAUGAAAAUAGGUUUUAAAAAAUUAAAAACAAAAUUCAACACAUUUUUUCAAAAAAAAAGCAAAUAA